UUGACACCCUAUAUAACAAGCACGUCAACUGUUUCUUAUUUUCCCUUUUUUUAAAUAACAAAACGCAAAACUGGCUAACAGCAACCGACGCGCUUACCAGAUUUAUACUGCUUUACGUACCGGCAUGCCUCCAGUAACUCCAACUCCCAAUAAAGUUUACGACUAUCUCGUCAUCGGCGGUGGAUCGGGUGGUAUGGCUUCGGCAAGACGUGCCGCCAGCAAUCACGGAGUGAGCGUCGCUUUGGUCGAAUGUCAAGACCGCUUGGGUGGUACUUGUGUCAACGAGGGAUGUGUUCCCAAGAAGAUUAUGUGGAAUGUCGCUGCCAUGGCCGAGACCAUCCGUCAUGCUCACGAUUACGGGUUUGAGGUCGACUCCAAGGCUCGUUGUGAUUGGGCCACUAUCAAGAAAAAACGUGACGCAUACAUCAAACGCUUGAACGGAAUUUAUGACAACAAUCUUCACAAAGAUGGUAUCGAUCUUUUGCACGGUUUUGCUAGCUUUGUGGACAAGAAUACGGUGCGCGUCAAGCAAUCCGACACCGAGGCAUUCGAUGUGCAGGCGAAACAUAUCCUUAUCGCCACAGGUGGUCAUCCCAUCAUCCCGGAACUUCCUGGGGCCCAGUACGGUAUCGACUCGGAUGGAUUCUUUGACUUGGAGGAACAACCAAGGCGUGUCGCUGUGGUUGGAACAGGCUACAUUGGCAUUGAAUUGGCAGGAAUCUUCAAUGCACUCGGUACCGAAACAGCCGUCUUCUCUCGCACCAAGACCAUUCUCCGUCAUUUCGACACCAUGAUCCGCGAUAACGUGUUGAAGGAAAUGGAAGGAGCCGGUAUUCAAUUCAAUUAUGAAGCCAAAGUGAAAGGAUUGGAGAAAAAGCAGGGUGAAAACGGUCCCAUCACCGUGCAAUAUGAAGUCAAUGGGGAAGCAAAAGAAUUGGAAACCGAUUGCGUUCUUUGGGCGGUGGGACGCGCUCCCAACGUCAACAAACUGAAUUUGGAAGCCGCUGCGGUCGAAACCGGCAAAAAGAGCUACAUCAAUGUCGAUGAUUAUCAGCAAACCUCCACCAAAGGUAUUUACGCUUUGGGUGAUGCUUGCGGUAAAUUCGAAUUGACGCCUGUGGCCAUUGCUGCUGGUCGACGUCUAAGUGAUCGCUUGUUUGGUGGCGAGCGCUUCAAGAAUGCACGACUUGAAUACGAGAACAUCCCGACAGUCAUCUUUGCCCAUCCUACUGCCGGCACCGUCGGUUUGAGCGAAGCGGAUGCUCGGGAGAAAUACGGUGACAAGAACGUCAAGGUCUACAACUCAAAGUUUGUUAACAUGUACUUUGCCAUGAUGGAUCAUAAAGAACCGACGGUAUACAAGAUUGUGGUGGCCGGUCCCGAGGAAAAGGUAGUGGGUCUUCACCUUUUCGGUAAAGACAGCGAUGAAAUUCUGCAAGGAUUCGGUGUGGCCAUACGCAUGGGUGCUACCAAAGCUGAUUUCGACAAUUGCGUUGCCAUCCAUCCUACCGCUGCUGAAGAAUUGGUGACAAUGCGUUAAUGGUGAUGCUUGAAUUUUUUUUAUUUCUUUUUUAUUUUAAGCAUCCUUCCUGUGGCUCUCUGUACACCAAAUGUAUCAUUAACCCUAUUCGUGUACAUGUCAGUCCGACAAAGUUGAAAAUAUAUUCACAUCUCUGUUCUCACCACCUCUAA